CCCCGCCUCGCCCUUGCCCCGCCUCCCGGGUCGGCCUGGGUGCACUGGGCUUCAUAGGCGCUCGGCCUGCACUCUGCCCGGAUCCCACCCCAGGCGUGAUGGCGGGGACAGCCCUGAGGAUCGCAGGGCGGCGGCUGAGCCAGCGCAGCGGAUCUAGACCCCCCAUCCUCCUACGGCAGAUGUUUGAGCCCGUCAGCUGCACCUACACGUAUCUACUGGCUGACAGAGAGUCCCGAGAGGCCCUUUUGAUCGACCCUGUUCUGGAGACAGCACCCCGGGAUGCUCAGUUGGUCAAAGAGCUGGGGCUGCGGCUGCUUUAUGCUGUGAAUACCCACUGCCAUGCGGACCACGUUACGGGCUCAGGGCUGCUCCGUUCCCUACUCCCUGGCUGCCAGUCUGUCAUCUCCCACCUUAGCGGGGCCCAGGCUGACUUGCACAUUGAGGACGGAGACUCCAUCCGCUUCGGGCGCUUCGCCUUGGAGACCCGGGCCAGUCCUGGCCACACUCCAGGCUGUGUCACUUUUGUCCUGAAUGACCACAGCGUGGCCUUCACUGGAGAUGCCCUGCUGAUCCGAGGAUGUGGGCGGACAGACUUCCAGCAAGGCUGUGCUAAGACGUUGUACCACUCAGUCCACAAAAAGAUCUUUACACUUCCAGGCGACUGUCUGAUCUACCCUGCUCAUGAUUACCAUGGGCUCACAGUGUCCACUGUGGAGGAGGAGCGGACUCUGAACCCUCGGCUCACCCUCAGCUGUGAGGAGUUUGUCAAGGUCAUGGACAACCUGAACUUACCCAAACCCCAACAGAUAGACUUUGCUGUUCCAGCCAACAUGCGCUGUGGGGUCCAGAACCCCCCUUCCUGACCUCACCUCUGGCAGGUGCUCAUAUCCAUUAAGAAUGCACUAGGUGGGGUGAGGGGAGAAGUGUCAGCACCCCACCUCUCUUGUCUCUCCCCCUCACCACCACCCCAACCCCUUGAGCUUCUUAAAUAAAACUUUUUUUGCCAUGAA